AUGGCCGAGUUCGUUCGCGCCCAGAUCUUUGGCACAACUUUCGAGAUCACCUCAAGGUACUCGGAUCUCCAGCCUGUGGGCAUGGGAGCAUUUGGUCUCGUAUGUUCUGCGCGAGAUCAGCUCACCAACCAGAAUGUUGCCGUCAAGAAGAUCAUGAAGCCCUUCAGCACCCCAGUCCUUGCCAAGCGAACGUACCGCGAACUCAAACUGCUGAAGCACCUUCGACAUGAGAAUAUCAUCUCCCUCAGCGAUAUUUUUAUUUCCCCGCUAGAAGAUCUUUACUUUGUCACAGAGCUCCUCGGGACCGAUUUGCAUCGUUUGCUCACCUCAAGGCCGUUGGAGAAGCAAUUCAUUCAGUACUUUCUCUAUCAGAUCAUGCGAGGCUUGAAAUACGUCCACUCGGCGGGUGUCGUCCAUCGGGACUUGAAACCAAGCAACAUCCUCGUCAACGAAAACUGCGAUCUGAAGAUUUGCGACUUUGGCCUGGCCCGUAUCCAAGACCCGCAGAUGACCGGCUACGUCUCGACGAGAUACUACCGAGCCCCCGAGAUCAUGCUCACAUGGCAAAAAUACGACAUCGAGGUGGACAUCUGGAGCGCUGGCUGCAUCUUCGCCGAGAUGCUGGACGGGAAGCCCCUCUUCCCUGGAAAGGACCAUGUGAACCAGUUCUCCAUUAUCACUGAGCUGCUGGGCACACCUCCCGAUGAUGUCAUCAACACAAUCGCCAGCGAGAACACACUGCGGUUCGUCAAGUCGCUACCAAAGCGAGAGCGCCAGCCCCUGAGGAAUAAGUUCAAGAACGCCGACCCUGCCUCCAUUGACCUGCUCGAGAGGAUGCUCGUAUUCGACCCCAAGAAGCGGAUAACAGCUACAGAGGCUCUUGCCCACGAAUACCUUGCGCCAUACCAUGACCCUACAGACGAGCCUGUGGCGGAAGAGAAGUUUGACUGGAGCUUUAACGAUGCUGAUUUGCCAGUGGAUACUUGGAAGAUCAUGAUGUACUCAGAAAUCCUAGACUACCAUAAUGUGGAGGCCAACGUUGCUAAUAUGGAGGAGGGCUUUGGCGGCCAUUAA